CCCCGCCCCCGUGCAGCCCACACCCCUCCCUCACCUCGCCACGCUUCCAGCCCCUCCAGCGCCCAGCCCGCCAGGUUGAUCUCGGACGAGGACCAGAGGACGAUCUGCGACCGCAUUUUCCUGCACGAGCAGACCAUGGCCAUGUGGGACCCCGAGACCGCGAGCAGCUACCAGCUGGUGUGCGCGAGCAGCGAGCUGCCGCAGGACCUGCAAAGUUGCCUGGACAGGCUGGUCAAGGACAAGCGUUCUGACAACGAGCUCAAGGACUACCUCAAAAGGGCGAGAGAGAGCGACCCGGUGGACGCGUUCUGCCAAAAGUACAAGCUCGGCCCGAAGGA